CGGGUUAGGCCCGUGUUCCCGGCCCAGGCCCAGGCCCAGGCCCGUGUUCCAGGCUCCUGCUCGAAGACAGGCCCGUGACCGCGGCGACGCGCUGGUGACAGCGGAGGGCGCAGCGGGCCGCUUGCCGAAGUGCCCGGCUUCGCGGCGGAGCUGCAGUACGUGGCGGCGCCUGAAGGAGCGGCAGCGCAGGCCGGCCGAGGUGAACCGGGUCAUUUAACUGCCUUCAGGUGAUGACUCAUCUGCAUAAUAAUCAGAUUUGAGGUCCGCAGCCGUUUGUGGUCCUACGGAGCAGUUUUCAGUGGAUGACUGUCAGGUGUGCCCUGAGGGGUGCCACAGUGACUGCUCGCCCUUGUUAAGGAAAGCGAGCUGUACUGCUCUUUGGACGCCCUCGUUUCCUCGAAAACAUUGUUUAUUAACCUCUUUCUCCAGCAUUCUUCUGUCUGUGCAAGAGGAAGGUUUUCACAUGAAAGUGUCUCUUGGUAACGGCGAAAUGGGCGUCUCUGCCCAUUUGCAGCCUUGCAAGGCAGGAACCACGCGCUUUUUUACCAGCAAUACUCACAGCUCGGUGGUAUUGCAAGGUUUUGAUCAGCUUAGAGUAGAAGGAUUGCUUUGCGAUGUGACCCUGGUACCAGGUGAUGGAGAUGAAAUCUUCCCUGUUCACAGAGCUAUGAUGGCGUCUGCUAGUGAUUAUUUCAAAGCCAUGUUUACGGGUGGAAUGAAAGAACAAGAUUUAAUGUGCAUUAAGCUUCAUGGAGUGAACAAGGUUGGUCUGAAGAAAAUCAUUGAUUUUAUUUAUACUGCGAAACUGUCUCUUAAUAUGGACAAUCUUCAAGACACACUUGAAGCUGCCAGCUUUUUGCAGAUUUUACCUGUUUUGGACUUCUGUAAAGUAUUUCUUAUAUCAGGGGUCUCUUUAGAUAACUGUGUUGAGGUUGGACGGAUUGCUAACACCUACAAUCUUAUAGAAGUGGACAAAUAUGUUAAUAAUUUCAUCCUGAAGAAUUUUCCUGCAUUGUUGAGUACUGGGGAGUUCCUGAAACUCCCUUUUGAGCGGCUUGCCUUUGUGCUUUCCAGUAAUAGUCUUAAGCACUGUACUGAACUUGAACUCUUCAAGGCUGCCUGUCGCUGGCUAAGGUUGGAAGACCCUCGGAUGGAUUAUGCUGCAAAAUUAAUGAAGAACAUUCGAUUUCCACUGAUGACACCGCAGGACCUCAUCAAUUACGUGCAAACUGUAGAUUUCAUGAGAACGGACAAUACCUGUGUGAAUUUGCUUUUGGAAGCUAGCAAUUACCAGAUGAUGCCAUAUAUGCAGCCAGUGAUGCAGUCAGACAGAACUGCCAUUCGAUCUGACUCGACUCACUUGGUUACAUUAGGAGGAGUUUUGAGGCAACAGUUGGUUGUCAGUAAAGAAUUAAGAAUGUAUGAUGAAAGGGCACAAGAAUGGAAAUCUUUAGCCCCGAUGGAUGCUCCUCGUUACCAGCAUGGCAUUGCUGUCAUUGGAAACUUUCUUUAUGUGGUUGGUGGUCAAAGUAAUUAUGAUACGAAAGGAAAAACCGCUGUUGAUACUGUUUUUAGAUUUGAUCCUCGGUAUAAUAAAUGGAAGCAAGUUGCAUCAUUAAAUGAAAAGCGCACAUUCUUCCACUUGAGCGCCCUCAAAGGAUAUUUGUAUGCGGUUGGUGGGCGAAGUGCAGCUGGUGAACUGGCCACAGUAGAAUGUUACAACCCAAGAAUGAAUGAGUGGAGCUAUGUUGCAAAGAUGAGUGAACCCCACUAUGGCCAUGCUGGAACAGUGUAUGGAGGUUUAAUGUAUAUUUCAGGCGGAAUUACUCAUGACACUUUCCAAAAUGAGCUCAUGUGCUUUGACCCAGAUACAGACAAGUGGACACAGAAAGCUCCAAUGACUACAGUCAGAGGUCUGCAUUGCAUGUGUACAGUUGGAGACAAACUCUAUGUCAUUGGUGGCAAUCACUUCAGGGGAACAAGUGAUUAUGAUGACGUUCUAAGCUGUGAAUACUAUUCACCAACCCUUGACCAGUGGACACCAAUUGCUGCUAUGUUAAGAGGUCAGAGUGAUGUUGGAGUUGCUGUCUUUGAAAAUAAAAUUUAUGUUGUUGGUGGGUACUCUUGGAAUAACCGUUGUAUGGUAGAAAUUGUCCAGAAAUAUGACCCAGAAAAAGAUGAGUGGCACAAAGUUUUUGACCUUCCAGAGUCACUUGGUGGCAUUCGAGCUUGUACCCUCACAGUUUUUCCACCUGAAGAAAACCCUGGAUCACCUUCUAGAGAAUCUCCUCUUUCAGCACCUUCAGAUCACUCCUAAGACUAAGGUCCUCUUCUCACUGGAAUCCUGGCACCUCGCAAGGCUAAAGGUAAGGAAGGAAGCCUUGUAGCACAAAGCUGAGAAGAGGUGGAUUUUAGCAUAAUGAGGAACAGAGGGUGUGCUGGCUUCGGGAUCAAUCUUUGCAGCAUGGAAGGUCUGCCUGUGAGGAAGAAAGUACUGUCACCAUCCAAACAGCCAUACCCACGAUCUACAGCAGAACAAAAUACUGAAAAUUACCAGCCAUCGACAUUAGAAAUCACAUCUGAACAGAAAGGACUUGUGGGAGGGAGGAAAGGAGAGCACAGAGAUGGAAUGGCCCAGGGGCUGAGGAGCAGCAGGAGGCCAAGGGGCAGGUUCUGAGGGGUAGUCGGAACUCCUGGCUCUCUGGCUCCUUCCUGGGCAUGGAUUCGUUUGCAGCUCCUGGUGGGGGAGGAGGCGGCUCAGGUCUUCUAGGGGUCACCAAAACCCCAAGCACACUGUUCCCCACCUCUCCGUGCCUGCCUUUGUCCAUGUUCUCCACCUGGAGGAAUUUUUCUGCUGCAGAUAUCUGUGUGAAUCCUGAGCCUGGCCAAGGUGUUUACAGGCAAGAAGUUCUGAACAGGCAGCUUGGAGAAGGAGGACAAACGGGGACCAACCAUGCCCAGUUUGGGGCUUUCUCCUGGGGGUGGGGGUAAAGCUGGAACUGAUGCCAAAGCCUGACCACAGAUGAAUUGGGGAAGGACAAAAAAAUGAGAACCAGAAGAAAGAGAAUACGAAGGAUCAUUUGAAAUGGUUAUAGCCUGUUUUGAAAUAAAAAUUAUUGACCAAA